CAGUUGGUAUCUGUUCUCCUUACAUUUACAUGGACAAUUAGGUUGGAUAGAUUGUUUUUCAUAAAUUGAAUUUUUGUUUAUUUUAUGCAUAAACUUUACUACUGUAUAACCAUAAUCUCACAUGACAGCAUGCUAAGCAGUGGGAACACAUUUGAUAAGGAAGUUUGCAGUAAUCAGUGCCAAACCUUAGAAUACUCAAAAGUGAAACGUUUAUUAAUAUGGAAGUUACAGUGAACAACACAGCUGGUGAAAACUGUGAUGAAAACCAGAACCAUGAAGAAAAAAUAGAGAGAAAGAGCUGCUUGAAAACUGUCAAGUCAAAUGGAAUACCAAAUGAAAUCAAAUGUGAUUUGUUCAGGCAACAGACUGUAUGUAUAGGGAGUAACUGGCAAGUAAAGCCUAGAAGUCUUGAGGAGAAAGACCAAGAGAGAAGGCAUGUUAAGUUUGAUGUUCGUGACCCAUGUACAAGCUCCUCCUCAUCACUGUCGAGUGUAGAGUCAGACCCCGAGCCCCUCCCAGAGUACAGGGAGCCCAGCGGGGAGUACACGCCCAUGCACCUGACCAAUCUGGGCCCCAGGGUGGUCCUCAACAACACUAAGGAAUUGACCAGUGGGGAGAGUAAAAGCAGGCAAGUAACGCAUGAUAAAAACAGCAGGCAACUAAAGAAUGUAACAAGUGAGAAUACUAAGACAGGAAAGGUAGAAGAGAUUAUCAGGUCACUGGAAUCAAAGAGUGAUACACCAAUUGAUGAUGGAUACCAUAAGCCGCAACAAUCUGUGAAAUUUAAGACUACUGAAAGCCACAUGAAAGAUGGUGUAAACAGUCCACCUGUCAGUAAUGAUGCAGAUAAUAGUAAAAAAGAUCAUAGCAUAAUGAAAGUGACCUUCAGCAUAAAGGCAGAAGGCAUGAUCAAAGAGUCAGAAAAUACUGAUGAGAAAACAUCUGAACACAAAGCCAGAACAGAAGAGAACAGAGAGGAGGAUUUGGUAGAUGGGGCCAUGAUUCCUCCAGUCACCGUACAUUUCUGCAGCCCGUGUGCGCGCCAGGGAAAGUUCCAGAUUGCCAUCCAUGUGUGUGAUGAAUGUGGCACCAGGGGCUCGUACAUCUGCGCCCAGUGCAAGUCCCACCACGAGAAAUUCAUGGAGCUGUCUGGUCACAACAUACACUGCAUCAUGGACGGCAGUUGCUGCAAGUCUGACAGCGAGACCAGUAGACAUGGGGAGCACACAACAGAAAGUUGUCCCUACAAACUGAUACAGGACCUAAUUGACAGUUAUGAUAGAGCCAAGGUCAGUAUCCAGUGUGUCAAGGUCAAACGGGAGGAAGACCAGAAGAGGCUACAAGCUAACCGGGACAGGAUACACACCACUAUCCAAGAGAUCAGGAUAAAAAUUAUUGAGCAAUUAGAUCAACUUGAGGAGCAAGCAUCGAGUGAGUUGGACAGGAGAUUUCACAGAGGGCAGGACAGGAUUGAACAAGACAUGGAGUGCCUGGAGAAUCUGUCCAUGAACUGGGAAAGAGUGAUGCAGAAAUACUGUGCCAGUGAUGAAAUCAUUGACAGUGAGAAGUUCAGAAUGGCGAUGAAGGAAUGUGAGGACUUAAACACUAAUGGGGACAAAGUCAUCAACAGGAUAAGACAUACACUGAGUAGUGAGCAGCAGUUGAACUUUGUUAAGGACAUCAAACUUGUGGAUGACACCAUAGACUUGAACUCCUUUGGUAGUUUCGUGGAGGCAUCAAUACAGGAAUGCUAUGCAGCAUUUCAUAGUGAACAUGAGAUCAGAGAUGAUUUUGAUGAUGAAGACUGUGACAUCACAGCUUGCUGUGUACUACCCGAUGGAACAGUGUUGCUCACUGACAGUGCCAAUGCCAAAGUGAAGAAACUUGACAAUUGGUACAAGGUAGAUUCUUCCAUAGUGAUGCCUGAAAAGCCAUGUGCCAUGUGUGUUACAGAUGAUCAUGAGGUGGCAGUCACUAUUCCUAAAAUCAAGACAGUUCAGUUCAUAGACACCAACCAUGACAUGAGGCUUAAUGGGGAUAUUGAUGUGGGUUUCCCCUGCAUGAGUGUUUCUUGCAACAAGGGGCUGAUUUUUGUGGCCUUUGACUGGCCCAAACAGAUCUCAGUGUUCAACAGAAAGGGCGAGCGCGUGAAUGAAUUUCGAAAAUAUACCCCAAUUCCUACGGAGGUUAAACAUAAAGAGACAAAAGUCAAAAAGGUAAUCAAGACCAAAACUAAAACUAUGGAAAGGAACAAUAAAGGGGUAGAUGAACAACCUAAUUCAAAGUCUGAGGAUGCAGAAAUGAAAAACAGGAAGGGUGGAAAAUUGUUGCAACUGCCGUUUUUAAAAUCAAAGAAAAACAUAAGUGACAAGGACAAAGAAAACAUUUUUGAAAUGAUAGAAGAAAUCCUUAUUGACCAUAAUUCUGAAACAAUCUAUGCUUGUGACAAAGUGAAAGGGCUGAUCAUGAUAGAAGAGGGUGGUAACACUGUGACACAUAUUAAGCAUUUCAAAAAUUUUCCUUUAUUUUCUGCUAUUAGAAUAUGCAAAGGAAAAAUGUCAGACUUCUUUGUGUAUGGGAAGAGCCAAAGGACUAACAAGUUUGCGAUAUUCCACAUUGAGCGCGAGAAGUCGGUCAGGAUUCUGGAAGGAGACGGGGACUUUGAGGCUGACUUAAUAGAUGUGGAGGCCAUGUGCUAUGACCCCCUGACCAGCAGAAUGAUACUGACCAGGGCUGGACACAGCAUAAUCUCUGUGUUUGAGGUCACCUGAAAGGGCACUGAUUGGUCAGUUCGUGGCAUAGGACAAUAUGGUGCUAAACAGAUAUAUUUAUUUGAUUGUGUCCACCUCAUACAGGUUACCUAAAUGAGUAAUAUGCAUUUAUUUAUGAUCAAAUACAAUUCUUAGAUGUACUGUUUGAUGUUGAUCUCACAAAAAUACUAACUGAACAAGUUUAUAUAUUCAUGUGAUGUUAAAAUAUUAACAGGUUAUAUACAAAUUGAAAACAAAUCUUGCUCUCCUUUAUUUUAAUGAAAAGGCAGUUUGUAAAUGAUACACCAAAACCAGAUUUAUUUGGGCUAAACAGUUUUUGCCCUGGAGAUUUAGAUGGCAGAUUGUUGUAGCCUAUGUAGCAUAAGUGAAGGCAAGGAAUAUCUCUUUCACCAAAUGCAGAAACAAUGGUGGAAAUCUUAAACAUUCCUUGCAUAAGAAUAUUUUAUGGUACUGUUGUCUAGACAUUUCCACGUUUAAGCUGACAAACCAGACAAAAUUAUUGUCACCUAAAGGUUAAACCUGCAAUGAACUCAAAGACUUCCGGUUAAUGUCAAAGUGCCCAAGUAACACUAAGUGAUUCUUAAUACCUCUAAUAGUGAAAGUAUCAACAGUUAUUG